AACGGUAACAGGACAGACCUCAGUCCGCCGCUCUCCGCUGUCAGCGCUGGUCAGGCCGCGCUACUCUUGCAUCUUGCUGCGAUGAUACAACGCAAUGAUGGAAGGAAGGAUUUGGUCCGUAUUGGCGGGCUGUCUGGCGGCAUUGUACGUGCUCAGUGCCGAUGACAAAGUCAGUUUCCCCGGGGAGCACCGGCCGAUUGACAACCUGUCGGAGUCUGCGGCUGGUAACAACAGUGGAGCCGAGGGCGAGGGGCGCCGCGGGGGCAAGAAUCUCCUGGACUGGUUGGGCUUCAGCAUUGGUGGUGAUACCGACCCUUAUCUCUCCAGAGCUAACGCUGCGUGCCUUGAGGGGGAUCUAUCCGAGUGCUUCAAGUCCCGAGCCCUUACCAGUCUGGACGACUUCUUCACGAAAGACGCCUACCAGCUGAGUGAACACACCCGCGUUGUGCGCAUGCCAGGAACACAACUGAGGGCGCUGCAGAGAGAGUCUUUCGAAUACUCGACUGAGCCGCGCGCCGACGACUCAGAAUGGGAUCAGUUCGUCAAGUUUAUAAUGAGAAAGGUCGAGAGAUUUAUCAAGUCGACGGCGAUAGAGGUGAGCGUGCCCAGGGACGUGCUGGCCGAGGAAAGAUACGCUCCUAGGUUCAUAGAUGAGAUUUCGCAGGAGAUCAACAUCCUCGAGAACAAGAGUGACAAUAUUUUAUCCCGUACGAAACUUAAGAAACUUUUCAUCCCGAUGCUGAUAAUCCUGAAACUCUUCAAACUGAAGCUCCUGCUCUUCCUUCCGCUGAUUUUGGGUCUGGCCUCAUUCAAGAAGCUGUUAGGAUUCCUAGCCAUCGUGGUUCCCGGACUGAUCGGCUUCUUCAAGCUGUGCAAGCCCGACCUGCAUGGAGGAUACGGCAGCUACGGACACAGUUCCUUCUACCGCAAACCACAGUUCUCACAUAGGCCACCCAGUUACAUAGUGGAGGGUCCGGGAUACUCUCCCUACUCCAGGGACCAGGACCAGGCCGCCGACAACCGGUAUCCGGUAAGGGAGGACUAUCAGUUCGAGAGUGUAGGAUCCCCCCAGGCUCCGGUUGCCUUCAGAGACGAUGCCCAGGACCUGGCCUACCAGGCGUAUAGAGAUUAUCAGCAACAGAAGUGAGCCUACACGUCCAAUACUGUGUUCAAAAUAAACAAACUAAGUACUAAAAUGUGUCAUACAAUGCCACAAUUAAAACAUAUUGGUAGAUACGGUUCAUUGUUGUUUUAAACUUUUUGAACAUCGAAUGAAUUCUACUUUAGAUUAAUUUUGAAUUGUUAUUAUAUGUGUAAAAUAUGUAUUAAUUUAUUUUUAUAGUGUUUUGUUAUUAUAGGUUAAUAAAUGUACAAAGCUUCAAAUGUA